GACACGAGACUCAUACAGUCUUACUCCAGGUUUCUCCUACACAACUCAUCAUACGCUACACACACAAUACUGCCAUCUUCAGCUUCAAAAACAUAAUCAAUCUAUAAGGACCAUUUCGCUUCGCCAAUAAACCUUCCUUUCGACAAGUAUCAAAGCGGAAACCUUCAAAAUGGCAGUCGAGCCCACGCCUACUUCAUCAUUUCCCCUUCCUCCUUCAGAGCUCUCAAAGAUUGCGACCGAGGCAUGCGACGGCGCUCUGUCAAAGGCAUCUGGAUACGACCACACGCAGGUCGCAACGUGGAAUUCCACCAUCAUUAACUCCGUCCUCAAAGCGCUCAUCGCAGCCACAACCCCCGAACAAUCAUCCACCACCACCACCACCACCUCUACACCGACAACCACUCCCACAACACCCCCCUACCGCUUCACCGUAAACAGCACCAUUGUCCAACAAGGCGUAAUCGACAAAGCCGCAGCCGGAAGUUCCGGCGAAAUCGGUAAGCGGGGUAUGCACUCGGCUUCCGGCGCGUAUUGGGAUGUGAAUCGGGAUGGUAUGUGGACGUUCAAAUACCCCGGUGCUGAGGAGAGGGGGUUGGAUGUUGUGGUUAGCGUGACUUGGUUUGCGAUGGGUUAAAUGAUUUACAUAUCUCUGACAGCGGAGACGAGAAAAUAGUUGUGGAAAAAGAGGGACGGACAACGCCAAGGAAAUGAAGACAAGGAGAGAUUGAGAAUGGGCUUGGGGAAAGGAACGAAUACAACGGCAUACACUACAACACCGCCAUCGCCUUCUGAGAUUGGAGGUCGAACGAAGUUGUACGUGUUCGCGACAAUCACAAAGGACAACAACACAACACCAGAUUGAUACAAGCUAUCCCCGUCAAGAUGGAUAUAUUCACCUGCUGCCCCAUGAAUGUAUUAUCAACAUUUAUCCGUGUGUAAGGGAGAGGAGGGAGUGAGCACCGAAGAGAUUUGAUACUCUUAUUAUCUGAUUAAUGGCGGUAUGAUAUCCGAUUCUUACCUUUUACCUAUGUACUGCUAGUUGUUGGCCGUGGUUUGCUUUAGUUGACUAAUGUUAUGUUUUCUGCGAUUUUUCUUCUCUUUCCUUUCUUCUUGUUUAUAUUUAAUUGUUUCUUUAGGGCAAUUCUAUAUUCC